GGACAGUCGUAUUCGGAUGGACCAUGAUCAAAAUAUUAUUGCUGUGCGCCACAUCUACGUCAUCGGUGGCAACUCCUUUGUUGACACUUUUUUCAAACACCCCUAUCAUCAUCAACCAUGCUGACCAUGCUACAUGUAUUCAAGACAUACCGUACAGGUAGCAAUUUCUACUAGCUACCGUAGUCUAGACAUCCUCUACUACUGGCUAAAAGCAUGGUGGCUACAAAGGAGGAACUGAUAACUGUCUUUGUCGUUUCAAUUGUUGGUUUCAGCGGCGCGUUGGAAGCUUGCACAUGGAUCCUCCGAUCCGUCCUCGAAUAUUACCCAGGAUUGGCACUGGAUAAAAAGCACAUUCCCACACUCAUCACACAAGGCCCUUCCUAUAUUACUUCCAUGGUACAUUGCAUUCUAAAUAGCUAUCGAGGCAUCCAACAACUAUAUGGACUGUACCAUGCUCCCACACAUGUCAAGCUCUUCUUUCCACCAACCCCCCAAGAGUUUGAACCGUAUAUUCGAAACGUCGAACUAUCCAAUGCCAUCUUUGCGGCCUACCUCCUCUUUGACUUGAUUCAUAUCGUGCGGUUAUAUCCCAAGCUGGGUGGGGCCGAUAUGGUGGCCCAUCACCUCGUGUUUCUGAUUUGUGCCAUUAUCAAUGGUUCCUACGGGAUUCUCGCAUACCCCUUUUCGUGGCUCAUAAUCGGGGAAAUAUCCACACUAUUCCUGGACAUUCGAUGGUUUUUGAUCAAGACGGGGAGAGGAGAUACCAACUUCUUUCAAUGGAUGCAAUAUCUCUUUGCAACGAGUUUCUUUUGUACUCGAGUGGUGAUUUAUUCCGCCGGUGUGCUGGAGCUCUUUGGGCAACGAAGUGUGUUGAGGGACCUUGUAGCCAAUGGUCACGUUCCAGGUUUCUUCAUGGGGACUACUCUCCUGUUUAUUGGUGCUGGUUGUCUGCUGAACCUAUUUUGGUUUCAGAAGAUUGCAGCAAUGGCAUUUUCCACCAACAACAAGAAGCCUAAAAAGGAAGCAUGAUGCCGUAAGAGCGCCGGAGUGUCGGGAACAAGCUCUCCCACUCAAUAUGAUGGCGUUGGCUUGGCUGUUGCUAAAAUUCAAUGUGCAUUGUAUUAGUGUAGUAUGGCUACAGCAGUAAGAAAUGCUGCUCCCUUUGUGGAUAGUCGGUUGUUUAUCUUUUGAUGUAUGGGAAUCGCCGCCAACCCGAGCAACAACUCCCCUGCCACGGGUGCUGUGGUUUCGCGAAUUUUUAAAAACUUUCUUCCAAACGACUUGCAUUCCACAAGCAUGGAUCCCUUUGCAGAGUUCUGCCACUCACUGUUUCGUUUCAGGCUACCGUACAAUAGCCCCAGCCAAUGCCGGGUGCAUCGAAUCGAAUCUUUCAAAAUCAAGCCACCGUCUCCGCUGUCUCAAACUGAGGGGACGAGAGAGUGAGCAUUAGUUGAUGUGGGGGUAGAUGUACUAGUAUGUUUACAUAGACUAACUCGAUGGCGGCUGUCCCAAAGGGUUUGCUUUGCAAUUCACCAGAGAGAUAGAUAUUGUUUGCACGAUUGAAGAAUGACGUCAUCGAAGAGGACCUUCCUCGCCACCUCCAAGACGACGACAACAACAC